GGCGGGACAGAGGUGGCGGAAGUGCCCCGGGCUCUAGUCUGAAGCCGAGCGGGAGGGUCCCGGAAGUGGCCCGCUCUAGGCGUGUCAUUUCUUCUGCUCCUGUUUGAGCCGCGAUGGCGGGAAAGGCGGCGCUGCCGCCGCCGGCGGGCGGGGAACCUGCAGCGGCCGAGGCAUCGGAGAGCGUCCGGCCGCCGAAGCUGAGAGGGGGAAGAAUUGUGCCUUCCCGUUAUCUGCAAUAUGAUAAAAAGGGAGCUGGGAAGGCCAGCUCUAACACCAGCGAGCUGGAAAAGGCAGCCUCUCCAAAGAGACCGUCCAUUUGGAUCCGGAAGCAGAAGAACUUGGCAGAACCGGCCACUGGGUUGUUGCAGUCAACUGUGCUGGAAGGCCAUGGAACUGCAAGACCCGACCUGGAAUUUUCUGUCGUCAAAGGCAAGAACUGCCACCGGACGCUGCUCUCAAGGCCUGUCGAAAAAGCUGGCUCCAGGAAAGAGCAGACCCUGGUGCCCUCCGAUCCCGAGAUGCUGAUCCGAAUGCUGGAGUCGCAGACGCUCCUGCUGACCUAUGCAAACGUGAAGAUGGAGAAGAACAUGGCCCUCUUUGAGGAGAAGGCCGAAAAGAACUUGCUGGCGCUCUGUGAGGAGCGAGGGAGGCUUCGGCAGGAGGUGCAGCUGAAGAAGAGCCGGCUGAGGCGGCUGGAGAAGCAGCAGGAGCUCUCGGAAGCCCUGGAGACGCAGACUGAAGCGCUUUCCCCUGCUUCUGAGCGGAGCCUCCGGUUCCAAGAGGAGUACAAGAGCUUUGCCACCGCCCUGGACUCGACCCGGCACGAGCUGCCCUUCCGAGGGGUCCACGUGGGAGAGGACAAGAGCCAGUUCCUAGCGGAACUGGAGAGAUUGCUGGCCGGCACUCUGGGCGCGCUGGGGGAGAUCCUGGAAGCCAACUCCCCAGAGAACGCCAAGGCGCUGAGCCUCAUGCGAGACCUCCAGCAGGCCGCCCUGCAGCUGGACGUGGAGUUGCCAAGGACCUUUCAGCAGGUGCUGGACCUGUCUGCGGACGUCAGCAAGGAAGUGUCCCUGCAUUAUCAGCAGCUGUGUGAGGAUGCUCUGGGGCUGGAGGCCAUGAAGCCCUGGUACUUUGGCUAGGGUGGGCAGCCGCUCUUGGAUGUGGGGCACCCCAUGGCUGCCUGGCCCUGCGUGUCCCUUUGGCUGCUGGCUGGAUGAGGAUCAGAGCGACAUUUUCCAGGAUCCGGGUGGUGGAAUCUGAAUCUCCUUCCUCUGUGUGUCGGAGGUCUGUCUUGGAGAGAGAUCUGUGUGUCUAUGUGUGUGUGUGUGUGUGUGUGUGUGUGUGUGUGUACAAACUAAACUAUUUUCACAUUAAACUUCCUUUUUGCAA